AUUGUAAUGAAUAUGUUGGGUAAUGUACAGCUAAAUCUGACUUGAUCCUAUUAUACACACAGUGUAAAGAGGCUGGUUUGAUGUGCAUGGCACUGGGAGAGAAGGCACCAUGAGUGGGGAGUUGGAUGCGCUGACUGUGGUGAACCAGCUACGAGACCUCGCAGCUGACCCCCUCAACAGACGGGCCAUAGUACAGGACAACGGCUGCUUACCAGGUCUCAUCCUCUUUCUGGACCACCCCAACCCUCAGGUCGUCUACUCAGCAUUAUUGGUAAGGCUCAUCCACCACCAUUUGGCCAUCCUGUUAUGCAGAAAUGUGAACUGAGCCUUUGAUCAAAAGGAAUUGGAACAGGGAAGAAAGAUUUAGGCUAAUCUUGAGUGUACCAUGCAGUGUGCGGUAAGUCAUUUUAUAAGCAGUGUGCACAUAUUCUCGUACUGCUCUUGAUAACAAGUCUCAGUCUGAGGAGUUUAUUUACACAGGUUAUGUAGCUGUCCUCUCAAGAGGGGCUCUAGAAGUGAGCUGGUUUGUGUGUUCUUGUCAUGUGCCCCCCCCUGCUUUACAGUGCUGUCAGGACAGGUUAGAGUGAUGGUGCGAAGGUCAGUGUUCUCGGGCACAUCUCCAAGAAUGCACACACGCAUCUGAGUGGUUUAUAUAAUAGUUGUUAUUUAGUGGUGACCUGGACACUGUACUUAUUGCGUGUUUGCAUUGGUUAUGCAAAACACACACACACAAAAUACUAAGUGGCUGGUUGGCUGCUUAGCCGUUUGUGGUGCGUGUUUGUGUGUAUGCGUCUUUGCCUGUCUGAGUUUCAACAACCCCCCCCCCCCCCCCGGCUAGUAGCAAUGCCCCCCCUGGAGCAGCAGCCGCUAACCUUGCCACCACUACUGAAAAAAAUCCUAGGGGACACACUGCACACUUUCACACAGACACAAAACCAAAGAUGGUGAUAGCGCUAGGUCCGUUUAUGCGGUAAUGGUUUCCCUUGUCCUUCCAGGCGGUGCGCUACCUGGCAGAAUGUCGGACCAACAGAGAGAAGAUGAAGGGAGAGCUGGGCAUGAUGCUGAGUCUGCAGAAUGUCAUUCAGAAGUAAGUUCCGUCAUCGCUACUGCAUCGGAAUGAGCAGACAGACACGCACGCGGAAGCGUACUGUGCACUUUUCACUUAAAACCUGAUCCUAGUAUUUCUCUUGUUUUCAGCAGGCAAUAUGUGCAUGUUUGCAAAUGUUCUGGACAGGAAGGUUGUCUAAGGUUGACAUGUAAGGAUGAAUUUGAUUAAUCCUGAAUGAAAGUGGGCCUGUAAACAAUUAAUUUGCUGUUUCCGCACGUUGAGGGAUUUAAUGCAACCUGCCACUUGUUUUUUUAAAUAUCACAAUUAAUCUAGUCACUGUCUUCACUGGUUUUUGUUAAAUGCUGAACAUUGUUAGGGUUGCCAGGUAUUUCUCUUGAGGACUGUUAUGUCGGGCUGAGCAGCUAAGUCUACACUUUCAUCACUGCGUCUGUCUCUUCAAAUAAAUACAUGUUCAUGUCCAUUGAAUGCCAUUUAGUCAGGCUUAAAACAUUUACCAUUUAAUUUACCCUUACUAUAUACCCUUUAUUAUUCAGGAAGCCCUCUGUUUUUAUUUAUUGACCCUUAUUUUAUCAGUUAAGUUGACGGAGAACAUAUUCUCUUUUAUAGCAACGACCUGGGGAUGAGUUAUAGGGGGGAGGAGAGGAGAUGAAUGAGCCACCUUGGGGUACCUUGCUAAAUCAAAAUGGCCGACACAUUGUGGUCACCGAGAGGGGGCUCUCUAGUCUUCAGAGGUGUUUGAUGCUCCAGAUAGGGUUGUUGGGUGCUCCCUCUCCUAGUGAGAGUAUCUGGAGGGUGUUUGGCGUUAUGACUGCUGCUUAUCACUGGCACUAAGAUAGAAAUGUGCCAGCGGUUGGCAGGCCCAUACCAGGCUGUAUGAUCUUCUCCUAGGGCCCAACUCUCUGUGCGACUGGACCUGGAGCUAACCAGCCAGCCACUUCAGCUAGUGACAGGCCCUGUCAAGAAGGGCCCUGUGGUCACACCGGCUCCCAUUCCACACACCCUGACUUUGGGUAGAGGUCGUUCAUGGCUGGAGAGAGUGUGAACACAAGACUUAAGGGGGGACAGGCUAGCGAAGUUUCACUAUGUUGGUGUUAACGUCAGUCCAGUCCCAAGGCUCUGCUGUUACACACUGUGUGGGGAUUCAUUUGAUUUUAAAGCUGUUUCGAGUCCUCUAAUGAAAAUUGGUACUGAUACAUGUAGCUUGUUGGAGUGUUGUCCAGUCCAUUCACACAGGAGGACAAUGCAUUCGGAAAGUAUUCAGACCCCUUUACUUUGUCCACAUUUUGUUACGUUACAGCCUUAUUCUAAAAUUGAUUAAAUUGUUUCCCCCCCCCCCCAUCAAUCUACACACAAUAACCCAUAAUAACAAAGCAAAAACAGGUUUUUAGAAAUGUUUGCUAAUAAAAUACAUAAGUAUUCAGACCCUUUACUCAGUACUUUGUUGAAGCACCUUUUGGCAGCGUUUACAGCCUCAAGUCUUCUUGGGUAUGACGCUACAAGCUUGGCACACAGUUGUAUUUGGGGAGUUUCUCCCAUUCUUCUCUGCAGAUCCUCUCAAGCUCUGUCAGGUUGGAUGGGGAGCAUCGCUGCGCAGGUAUUUUCAGGUCUCUCCAGAGAUGUUCGAUCGGGUUCAAGUCCGGGCUCUGGCUGGGCCACUUAAGGACAUUCAGAGACUUGUCCCGAAGCCACUCCUGCGUUGUCUUGGCUGUGUGCUUAGGGUCGUUGUCUUGUUGGAAGGUGAACCUUCGCCCCUGUCUGAGGUCCUGAGCGCUCUGGAGCAGGUUUUCAUCAAGGAUCUCUGUACUUUGCUCCGUUCAUCUUUCCCUCGAUCCUGACUAGUCUCCCAGUCCCUGCAACUGAAAAACAUCCCCCCCAGCAUGAUGCUGCCACCACAAUGCUUCACCGUAGGGAUGGUGCCAGGUUUCCUCCAGACGUGAUGCUUGAUUGGUUCCAAACUUCUUCCAUUUAAGAAUGAUGGAGGCCACUGUGUUCUUGGGGACCUUCAAUGCUGCAGACAUUUUUUGGCACCGUUCCCCAGAUCUGUACUUCGACACAAUCCUGUCUCUGAGCUCAACGGACAAUUCCUUCCACCUCAUGGCUUGGUUUUUGCUCUGACAUGCACUGUCAACUCUGGGACCUUAUGUAGACAGGUGUGUGCCUUUCCAAAUCAUGUCCAAUCAAUUGAAUUUACAACAGGUGGACUCCAAGUUGUAGAAACAUAUCAAGGGAAACAGGAUGCACCUGAGCUCAAUUUAGAGUCUCAUCGCAAAGGGUCUGAAUACUUAAUAAUUAUGUACGUAAAAAAAAAAAAGAAUAGUUUGCAAACAUUUCUAAAAACCUGUUUUUGCUUUGUCAUUAUGGGGUAUUGUGUGUAGAUUGAUGAGCAUUUUUUAUUUAAUCCAUUUUAGAAGAGAGAUAUUAUGUUUAAGUCAAAUAUUAUAUCUGUUUGGGCUUCUUGCGGUUAAUUUGCAGUCUACAAAUUAUUUGUAAUAUGUUCCAGCCUCCGAGCAUUCGCUCAAGAAGAAAUCAUCCCUUGGCUGAAUCUAGCUGAUGAUUCCUGCUCUAGAGCCUAGCCAUGCUCUUUGCAAAGGAGGCAUUGCACUUAGCCAAGCUAACAUGCUAACAUAUUUACUGAUCAAUCUCUCUGUUUCAAUGUUGAUCUGUCUGAUGUUCUCUGUUGAAUAAGAAGACUUCUAAUGCUUUCAUUAACAGUAUAGCCUAAUUAUUAGACGAACAGAGACCUUUGUGAAUGUAUGGCCAUUUUAUGAUUGUAGUGUGGUAAUUCCUCCUUCAACAGGGCUGUCUAUUUAUACAGUGGAAAGGUUAGGUGGUGACAGGCCUGUCACAGUGGCUCUCUGUAGGCUUAGGUGACCCCCCCCCCCAUGCAGCUGAACAGCUCUCUUACCGUGCAGUUUGUCUGGCAGAGCGACGACCUUUAGAAAUAUCAACCACUCAGUCCAGUCGGCUCUGAGAGAGACAUAGACAGGGACAGAGGACAGGACACCUAACUGUAAUGGAGACCGCCGUUGUCGUGUUGCACAUAGAGACAGAGUAGACAUGGAUACUUUUUACACUGUUUGUGUCCACUUCCUUUUUGACUUGGAUUCAUUGGUACCAUCUUGCCCUUGUCUGGAUUUGAGGAGAGGACUUGACAUGAAGAAGAAGUCAAGGUUUAAAAAAAUUAUAAAAAACAUCGCUAACAACAGCAAGUAUGCCUUUGUUUGCUGAGAGAACUGUCCACAAAAUGAUUUGAAAAGGAAAUGUUUGAUACUAAACCUCUUGCUCUUUCUCCCCGCCCUCUAUUCUCCUUCACCCCCCCCCCCCCCCUCUCCCUCCCUCAGGAGCACCUCCCCUGGAGAGACCAAGCUGCUGGCGUCUGAGAUAUAUGAGAUUCUGCAGGCAGCUGGUAAUGAUGAGGCAGAGCAGGCUGAGGCUGAGGCCGCCUCCUGCAGACGCAAGGCCCACUUCUUCCUGGGCUCCACCAACAAGAGGGCCAAGACUGUGGUGCUGCACAUCGACGGCCUGGACGACUCAGUGAGUGGAUGGUGUUGUCUCCACCUUGUACAAACACAAUCACAACUGACGAGAGCAGUUUGCCAAACCAAAAAUUCAGGCUUGAUUCCCAACUGGUUUCUUGCUCCAUGACUUCUGACCUUAAUGUGUCUCACUGGGAGCAAAACGGGUGAGGAAUCAAAUCUCAGACUUCUUUAUUGUGAUAGGCUAACACAGUCGAUUUGUCACCACCACUAGAACCCCUGAGACAGGCAUAUUGUCGCUCUGUUGUCAUGGUGACCACAGUGUUAACGCAGGUUGUCAGGUGGUGUAGGUCAGUGUUGUAAAUGUCAGCCAUUGAACAGCAGGGUGUUGAGAUCAGACCUGAGCACUACACCACAGGAGAGCUGCACCUGCGCCAGAUCACAUUACACCAGACAGACAGAACGACAGACUCAGUGACACACAACUCAUAUCUCGACACACACAGGACAAUGAGAGAUGAGCUCUUUUGAAAUGUCAUGUUGAUUGUUAUGUUGCUGCUGUAAAUGAACAUGAAACCUCUUCAUCUGAAUAGAAGGUCAAUAUUGAGCUAAAUUAGCUUUACUCCUCUCAUUGGUUUGUUUCUCCCUCCAUCUCUCAGACUCGUAGAAGUCUCUGUGAGGAGGCCCUGUUGAAGAUCCGAGGGGUGAUCAGCUUCACCUUCCAGAUGGCUGUGAAGAGAUGUGUGGUCAGGAUCCGCUCUGACAUCAAGGCUGAGGUGAGUCUGAACACACAGGCGCCCCAUCCAUUAAACACUGCACUCUGGGCAGAGAAGAAGAGUUUAAAACAUCAGUUAUUUUGGUUACAAAUCUGUUAUACCAAGACCACCCAUCUUUGUGUUCCUCAGGCACUGGGCACGGCGAUCAACUCCACCAAGGUGAUGAAGGCUUCACAGGUGCUGAAGGGAGAGGAUGGAGGAGAGGUGAGUAGAGGGAGGGAGGGAGGGAGGGAGGGGGAGGGAUAGUACUCAAAUCAAACUAAACUUUAUUUAAAGUGCAUUUGAAAUCGCAACACUUCAUAGUAAAAUGAAGGAGAUGAAAAAAUGUAACCUGAAGGCAAUAAGAGAUGAAUAAAAAAACAUGUGUAAAAUAAUAGUGAAACCAUUGUUUAAAGGCCAAGCUAAAUAACUGUCAAAGAAUUGAUUAAAACCAGGCUGAAAAAGGUAAAUUUAAAUCGUGACCGGCCCUCUUACCUGACAGGGCAAGUCUUUGUGGUGGGUUAUAUUAGGGUGCUGUGGUUCAUUCUCUAACUCAAAAGGUCCACACCCAGUGGGAGUAGGUAUUGUAGAGCUCUUUGCCAACCCAUAUUGUUGGAGAUGCUUCUGUGUCUCUGUCUGCUGGGGAUGGUAGUUAUUUGGAGUGACACCGUUAGCUGGUCAUAUCUCUCUGCCCUGAGGGCGUUACUAACCGCCUAGUCACAUGACCAAUCCCAGCAUGCCCUGGGAGCAGUGUGUCACGACACCAUGUAUCUAUGGGAAACCCAACCCCCAUCAAACCCUUGCCCCCAUCAAAUGUUAUUUGUCACAUGCUUGGUAACAACAGGUGUAGACUAACAGUGAAACGCUUACUUACGGGCCCUUCCCAACAAUGCAGAAUACAAUAAAAUAAUACAUAAUGAUGAUAAUAGGAUUUUAAAAAAUAGUAACACAAGGAAUACAUCUGAGGAGACAGUGACCCAACAGAAGUUGUUAAAGUAGACUAGACCACUGCUCCCCUCCCCCUGGUCACUAUGAUGGUAGACUGGGGCAGCUGCUGUUCCACUGCUGUCCAGCAGGGAGCAGAGCUGGUUCACUUAUGUUUCAGACAUGGCACUGGAGAGGUCGAGAAGCUUGAGGUUGCCUGAUCUUGGUUUUGUUGUCUGCACUAUUUAAUACAUUUUUAUCAAAGCAGUUUGCCACUAGGCAGGGAUUCUGAACUAUUCCUUGUUGUCUUUCUCCCCCCCCCCCCCCCCCAGCUGAUGCUCCCAUUCCAGGAGGGUGCAGAGGCGGUGGUGGUGGAGCACAACGUGGACAUCCCAGACUACCUCCCCGAGGAGGAAAGCCCGUCUCAGGAGCAGGACAAGGCCGUGACGCGCGUUGGCUCCAUCACAGAUGGCGCGGGCUGGCUCGGCACCGCCGCCAACUUCCUGUCCCGCUCCUUCUACUGGUGACCACUUCCUGUGUCAGUCCCCAUCGUCACAACCCCAAACCCACUAACCACCACCCGACGGUCACCUUAGCCCUGCCUACUUCCUCCAGACUUUCUACACUGCUCUCUAGUCCCUCUCAGCAGCCACACAGAGUACCACUCUGCUCAGUGUACAAGGAGCGCUGGACUGCCAAGUGCAACCUGCAAUAAUCUUUCAUUGUUUAUAAGACAAAAUUAGCUAAGAACAUGCUAGCUACUGU